AUGAGCGAAGAAAUAAACGAGAGACUGAUUGAAGAGUUGUCCCGGGUUGAAUUUGCGUCAGAUGAAGUCAUUGGACUGAAGCACCAACUCGUUUUGUUUGACACACGACGACAGAAAACAAGGGAGGCCUACAGAGCUCUACUAAAGGAGCCAGAUGAUGGAGAAAUGGUAUCAAUUUGGAUGGAGAAUAUGUUUAUAAAAUUUACUCAUAACAAAGCUAAAGAAUAUCUAGAGAAAGAGAUGAAAAAUCUCAAUGAGGAAUAUGAGAAGACGAGAACGUUACUGAAGGAGAAGGUGAAAGAGUUGCAGGAUCUUGAAGGCAGUGGUGAAUGGAAAGGCUUCAGGUUGAAUCCACUUCCCGAAAAAGAAUUGAAAAAUGUUGUGUCCAAUUCCAGCAUAUUUCAUCCGUGA